CAGUUUGCCAAUUUGGAAGGCGAUCGAUCAAUCGCACAAUCAGACCAUCGAGGUUUUGAGAUAAUGAAGCGAAGAAGACAAAGAUAUAACAACAAUGUAAAAGAAGAUCGGCUUAGUAAUUUACCUGAUUUCCUUUUACUUCACAUACUGUCCUUUGUGGAUACCAAACACGCCGUUCAAACUUGUAUACUGUCCACAAGAUGGAAAAAUAUCUGGAAGCAUCUUCCCACUCUAACAUUGCAUUCCUCACGCUUUAGGAAUAUGAAGGAUUUUACAAAAUUUGUGUCUCGUAUUUUGUCUCUUCGUGAAGAAUCAACAACACUACAAUCUCUUGAUUUUCAGCGCAGUGGUAUCGUGGAGCCUCACUUACUCAAAAGGAUUGUUAAAUACGUUGUUUCACACAAUGUCCAGCGAUUACGAAUCAAUAUAAGAUGUGAUUUUCAACACUUUCAAACUUGUUUGUUUUCAUGUCACACUUUAACCUCUCUUGACCUUUCUGUUGUUCACUCUAGAACCUCGGAAAAAUUAUUAUUUCCUAGUUCCCUUAAUUUACCGGCAUUAACAAGUUUGUCUCUACAGUCAUUUGCCUUUCCUGUUGGCAAUGAUGGUCGCACUGAACCUUUUAUGACAUUACAAAACUUGAAUAGUUUGAUCAUCCGGCGUUGUAAAGUUAUUGAUGCACAUACCAUUUGCAUAUCAAGUGCUACACUUGCUAAUUUAACUUUAGAAACACAUCUCGGUGACUAUUGCGAAAUUGAGUUAUCUACUCCAAGUCUUUGCACCUUUGUCUGUGUUUGUAUCGAGGUUAUUCCUACUCUGAAACUUUGCGCGAGCAAGACCAAUCUCUCUUCUGUAAAACAUGUAGCUAUUCAUGUAUUUUGUCCAUCCAGAUCUAUAAAAACUUCAUUGGUUCUACUCAACUGGUUGGUUGAGCUUUCUAAUAUCAAAUCAUUGAUUAUUAAUUCUUCUAUUCUUGAGGUUCUCUCCUUAGUUCCUGAUUUAUUGAAGGUUGAGUUCCGUUCCUUUUGUAACUUGAAGUCGCUUAAAGUACACAAGUACAUACCUUCAUCCGAACCUAACGGAGUAUUGGACUUUUUGCUUCAAAACUCGCCUACAACAAAGGCUGAAAUCAUAAACUUAUUUAGGUAAAUGUGGAUUCAACUUGUUGAACCGCAUAUUUCUGGUUUGAUUUUUGCAAUGCGGUUAGUUUAGUUGCUUCAAUAACAUUACACUAAUGGUUUCCUUGGAGUUUUCUUAUUCAACUUAUGUAUGUAAA